UCUCACAUUUCGGAUCGGUUUUUCGGUUAGUCCGGGCGGCUGAUCGUGCGUGCGUGCUUCAUUUUCUUCUGCUGCUCCCCUCCAAGAAAGUCCCAACAGUGUGGAGCGCGCGGUGCAAGGAGACGACGACAUUCCUAGCAAAUGUACACCCUUUCCUGACUAAAUUACUGCACCCUUUUCCUGACUAUAUUGAACGCAAACCAAACAAAAAAUAAAGCUUCCAAUCUGGCUUCCAACAUAUGAUGGAAAAUCGCAAUGGCCGUGAUCGGAAUAACAACAGCCUAGCGAUCCUACCGAACGGUGUAAUUCUGCGCAAACUCAAGGGAAAACCAGUGACCAGUGAGUGUUUGCUGUGCUGGAAGGAACCCCGCAAUCCCAAGUGCCUUUGUCCCAAGUGCUCGAAGCAGUACUGCUUUCAGUGUAUCAAAAAGUGGCUCACGGACAGCAAAACCAAAACUAGCGAAUGUCCCAACUGUCAUUCCAAGCUGCCGAUCGACGAUUUGGUCCGUUGUGCUGCCAUUGCUACGGAUCUUGUCGACGAUCAUCACCGACAGCAGAACGACAACGGAUCCGAUUCGAAUCCUGUUUUAGAGUUUGGUGAGGCGCUGCCGAGUGUAGAACAACCAAAAGCGACUUCAGGCCCUUCUUCGGGAUCGAUCAAGCUAGUGGUUAAAGUGAUAGAAAAUGAUCCGCUGGUUCAGCGGUUGAACGCCAACAGGAAUGCUGCAUCAGCUCCGAUGGUCAAUAGCAGCGCGGCACCGACUAAGAUGCUCGCCGUUAACGGGCGUCAAGGGAAGAAAUCGAAAGAUGCCAACCGCAAGCAACAACAACAGCCACAUCCACAAGUAAACGGAAAGUCGAUGGUCAACGACUUGGCCAAGCCAAAAGGUUUUUCAAAUGGAGACUUAUGUAAUGGGGACAAAGGAAUUGAGGAAUAUCACACGAAUGGAACCUACGAGAAUAGCGAAACAGCACCGGCUCAGAAGAUCGUUGAUCCAAACCGGCGGAAUGGAUUCAAACAGUCUUCUGCCGGGCAAGCAACGAACAGUCAAACGACAAUACCCCAAACGGUAGCAUCCAAUGAAAGUCAGUCCGCAGAACAUGACACAAAAAGAAACGGACACAAUCAUCUGAGGGAGAGUAUUUCUCCCACCUCACAAAACGGCGACAGCGAUGAAGAACGCUCGACCUGUUUGCUACAUACACUGCCAAUGAUAUUUUUCUGUCUCACCUGCAAUUGCUGUAUUUGUGAGACAUGUGCUCUGCACGAUGAACAGCACACCGAACAUAUGUUCAAGAAAAUCAAUACAAUCUACGAUACAAAGCUAGAGAAAAUCAAACAGGAAUUCGCCACAGUCACAGAUUAUCUAGAAGAAAUUGCCAAGGUCAUAAACAGUAUCGACCGAAAUAUCGACUGUGUCAAAGCGUCCAAGGCUCGCAAACUGCAGGAACUCAGUCGACUGCUACACUCCGAAGCAGAAUGCAUCGAACGGCAGCUGAACCGCAAGCUGUCCGACCUUCACGAACAAAAAGACGUUGUAGCCAAUGAGGUGCUGCGCAUCAAAUCGGCAUACAACAAGCUGGAAGCCGAACUGAGGGCUUGUCCAAAGUCGGAUCUUCUCAUCAAAGACGGCGAAUUCCUAGAACGCUGUUCCCGUCUGAUUGAGAAACCAAGCACCUCCUUCGUGCAUCGACCGGUUCCGUCGGAGCUGGAAUGUGACUUCAUUCCCGAGUUUCGGUCCGAAGUUUUCAUCAUCAAAGACUACCAGGCAAUCGAACCGAUCGAGGAGUGUCGAACAUCGGACGUGCUGCACGAUGUGCUCGGCUUCGGUUGGCGUUUGCACGCUUGGAAAAGUGACCAUCUCUCGGUGACCCUCAUGAUGACGGAAGGGGUCCCCGGAAGAUACGAAUACUGCAUUGAGCUGCUGCACGACAGUGAUUCCAGCAGGUCGAUUCGGUUGCUCCAGAUCGAUCACUUCGAGCAGCACCAGUCCGGUCCGGUGCACGAUCUGAUCGAAAACGAACGCCUGGUGGAGGAGGGAUUCCUGAUCGAGGGCAACGAUUCGUUGCGCAUCAAAUUUUCCGUGAGGCCGCCGACGAUUGUGAUGAAAAGUCGAUACCAGCAGGAGUACAUCGAGCGAAUGCGCAAGGAGAACGUCAACGAGUACGAUAGCAACGUGAUCACGAUCUGCAACAUUCGGGACCCGACGACCUCGAUUGUGCUGUCGAAGCAGUACACCGACACGGUGGGCUCCCGGUGGCGCCUGAACGUAUACCCCAAGGGCAACAACACCAAUUACCGCUAUCUGAGCACCUACGUAGAACUGUGUGACGGUGUCGCUGGAAGAUACCAGUACACAGUGGAACUGCUCCACAAGGAUGCCCACAAACAGGUCAAGUUCCAAUCGGAGGACCACUUUCGGGUCGGUGAAAUACGAGGCUAUCAGAAGUUUAUCCGCGUGAAGCGCGUCCUGGAAGAGGGCUACCUCAACGAGGACGGGUCAAUCUUUAUCCGGCUGUCGAUUAGGCCGGCUACGUUGGCGCUUCGUUGCCAAUUUCAGGAAGAGUACCAAACCAUCAAAGAGGAACGGAUUUUGUUCCAGUUCAACAGCCAGUUGAGUCAACACUUGACGAGGAUCAGGAAUCUGAGAGACGAGAAUGCGGCCCUACAGGCAAUCGCCUAUCCGGAAUUCAAUUCGAAUGUUUUUGUGAUGCGAAACUUCAGCGAGCUGCGGCAGGGGGAUGAAGAUGUGUGUUCGGAUAAUAGCUACGACGAUCUGGGAUGCUGUUGGCGUCUUAUUGUGUACGCCAAUGGCGAUAAUGAAGCGAGGGGUGAAUGGUUGAGUGUGUAUCUAAGAUUGCUAGAAGGAAUUCCCGGAAGCUACGAAUACUGCAUAGAGCUGCUGAACAACGACCCUGCCAAAACGGUUCGCAUGGAAGGGACACAAACUUUUGAAAUUCAGGAACGCUUCGGAUGGUCCCAGUUUGCCAAACUGGAAAUGAUCUGCCAAAACGGGUUCGUCAACGAGGAACACGAUUCGCUGUACUUCCGGUUUUCGUUGAGGCCCCAGAACUACAAGGCCAAAUGUGAGCUACAGCAGUUACUGCGUGUGGACGCGAAAAAGGAAAUCGAAUCCCUUAAAAGAGAACUAAUACCGGCAUUCAGUACGAUUACUUACAAGCUGAAAAAUUUCACCGAACUGCAGCAGAAGGAGGGCUUCGUAUAUUCGGAUCCGCUGGUCGAUGACCUCGGGUUCGCCUGGCGGUUGCUGAUCUACGCGAACGGGCACAACGAGGCGCACGACUGCCACGUGAGCAUCUAUCUGGUGCUGUUCGAGGGCGUCUCCGGAAGGAGCAGUCAGCAGCGAUCCGGAAUCUACAAUGAUGUGGACAAUCUGGCCACGGAACGGACUUCAAAGGAUCCGAAAUCUUAUGAGCUGACCCAUGCGCAGAGGGCCACCAGCGCAGAGGAUCGUCUAAGCAGAGGUCACGAGAUGCUUCAGGUCAGCCAAAAGGUGCCACUGGAGUUCGAGGCCGGGAAGUCGGGUUCCGAGAGGGUCACUCUCGAUGCCGACACGAACCGCGCUACGGUUAGCAGCAUGGUUUCAUUUCCGACGGCCGGGAGGAGGACUCUCGGGAUCUGUAACCAGGAUUGGUCAGGUCUGAAUGCUCCAGAUGGAGCAUUAGCCCGUAUCGGAGAUUGGGAGAAGCUGUUGGAGAGUGUUACUCUCAAGAUGUGGAGCUACGCUGCAGUUAGCAAGCGUUUGGAGGACAACUUACUUUCGGUCAGAAAGUGCACCGAGAACGGGAAAAGAGUUACUUUUCUCGGAAAGCAAGUACAGUUUGCAUUUUCAGGGGAGGUUUUCGCCCGAGCAAAACUCCUGAACAACGAGUACUGCCUUGAUUUGUUGUUGGAGCCUAAUCGAGACGAUGUUGUUCAUGAACAGCUGGUCAUCGACAAGAAUGUUGAGAUCCCACCAGAGGCCAUCACACUUGAGCGGUUAGCCGAUGUGUAUGAGCCAGAACAACAGCCCACAUCCGAGCAGCUAGACGAUGCUCAUGCACAUGAAAACACAUUCGAGCGGUCAGCUGAUGUACUAACAACAGAAAUCACAUCUGAGCGGUUAGCCGAUGUGCCUGCUGAUCCCGAUCACACUGUGGUUAACAGUGUGAUUGUGGAUGAUCACGGCGAGAGCGACUACGAGAGCAGCGCGGAAUUCCCGGACGAUGACGAUGAUGACCAAGAUUCCGUCACCCCUGAACCGGCCCUGAGACGAAGACCUCAGAACAUCACUGAGCUAAAGCGCCGGGACGAUUGGGAUUCCUGGAAGGUCGCCAUCGACGAGGAGAUGAUAGCCCUGAAGGAGAACAAGACUUGGGAAGCGGUUAGCUUGCCCCCGGGCCACAGGAAACCCAUCCUGUCCAAGUGGGUGUUCACCGUGAAGGACGAUGGUCGCUACAAGGCUCGAUUGGUCGCGAAAGGGUGUUCCCAAAGACCAGGAUUGGACUACUGGGAAACAUACGCUCCGGUCGCCAAGAUGGAGAGCGUUCGGACCGUCUUGGCGUUGGCGAACGAAUACGACAUGGUCGUUCAUCAGAUGGACGUCAAAACUGUAUUCUUGAAUGGAAAUUUAGAAGAGGUUAUCUUCAUGCAGUUGCCAAACGAUGACGUCGGCAAAUCGAAGGUCGUUCGACUACAGAAAAGCCUGUACGGCUUGAAGCAAGCGGGUCGUGCUUGGAACCAGCGAUUCGACGACGAGAUAAGAAAGCUUGGUUUCUAUCCGUUGAAGAGUGACUGCUGCGUUUACCGAUCCUGUAAGCGAGAACUCACCCUCAUCCUGUACGUGGAUGACAUCCUGAUUGCCGGAAAAGACGUUUCAGAGGUUAUCUGGAUCAAGACCGAGCUUGGAAGGCUAUUCCAGAUGAAGGAUCUCCUGGAAGUCAAGACUUUCUUGGGGAUGACCAUCAAGCGAGACUUCCCGAAUAGCGUCAUUGAGAUUUCGCAAUCAGGAUACGUCGAGAAAGUUCUGCAACGAUUCGGUAUUGCUGAUUGUAAACCCGUAAGCACACCGCUUGACACAAACGUUCGCUGGACGAAGCUGAACGAUGAAAAUCGGAUCUCGCUAGAAUUGUACGACGGUCGCCAUACUAAAAGAAGGAACGGAGGAAAAGCCAAACAAUAA